AGGAGCAACCCUACCGCCCCAAGGAUGCCCUGGGCUCCGCAAUCAAGGCCGGCAUGAUCACCACCGGCGCUGGUCUCUUCGUCUCGACCAUCCAAAACACCCUCACCAAGCAAAACUAUGGCUCUAUGGGCGCCUUCACCAAGUUUGGUGGCACUACCGCCGUCUACGGUGCCAUGGGAGCUGCCUACGAAUUCACCAGAUGCGCCUCGGCCAACCUUAGACAACGCGACGAUGCCUGGAACUCUUUCUGGNGGNUCCGCACCGCUCCCGCCGUCGCUGGUUACGGAACCGCCCUCGCUGUUGUCCUCGGCACCUGGCAGUACGCCGGUGGCAAGAUCACCGGCUACGAAAUUGAUCCCACAGUCGACGAGGUGGCCCGAAAAGAAUACGUUCGCAAGAACAGAAGGAGACCAAUGGAGGAGACACUCGAGCAAAUUGGCGAGGGACGCGGUAUGCAUGUCUUGCCUCUACCACAAGGAAAUNGAAUCUUUGGACCCGGUUACCAGGAGAGAAGAGCAGAGAGACUUCAGCAAAACUACGGCAUCGAGGUGCCAUCAGCUGCUUCUUCU